UCAUAGCCGGCAUCGACACGCGCUGCUAAUCGACGAAUCCCAUCGCGAGCUAUCAAUUCCAAUGAAUUGCAAUCUAAUAUUCGCGUCGAUAACCAUCGUCGACUUGUGAGUGUGGUUAUUGAUAAAGUUACGACUUGAUUUCAUAUGAACCAGGGAUACGAUCCUUGAAAAUAUUAACGAAGCUCUUUUUCACACGUUCCACUAGGGGCCGGUCAAGUUUUACAACAAUAUAACAAUAACUCGACAAUAUUGCAAAACAGUGGGGUUAAGCAAGUCACGUUUUAGUUUUUAAUGUCAAUAAAGCAUAGGAGUGCAAAAUUGCAUAAGUACGUUAAAUCCUGCCGAUUUGUCAACACUACAGAUAGAAUGCAAGCUUGGGCAAGGCAGAAAACCAUAAAAAAAUAUCAGUUGCAGACCACAACGAGAUGACACCAUACAGUCCCUCCACGAAAUCGCACGUUACCAUUGAAUUAUUGACAUCACGCGGGCAACUUGAAGGCUGAAUAGGGGGCAGUCACGUGGCCUCGUUCUAACAUUGUCCGUAUCGAAACAACUUUAUCGACAACCCCAGCCACCACCACCGUCUCUCUCGAAUCGAAACUUUAUCGACAACCCCAGCCACUACCACCGUCUCUCUCGUAACAAAACAACUUUAUCGACAACCCCAACCACCACCACCGUCUCUCUCGAAUCUAAACAACUUUAUCGACAACCCCAGCCACCACCACCGUCUCUUUCUUAACGAAACAACUUUAUCGACAACCCCAGCCACCACCGUCUCCUUCGUAUCAAAACAACUUUAUCGACAACCCCAGCCACCACCGUCUCCUUCGAAUCUAAACAACUUUAUCGACAACCCCAGCCACCACCACCGUCUCUUUCUUAACGAAACAACUUUAUCGACAACCCCAGCCACCACCGCCUCCUUCGUAUCAAAACAACUUUAUCGACAACCCCAGCCACCACCGUCUCCUUCGUAUCAAAACAACUUUAUCGACAACCCCAACCACCGCCGCCGCCGCCUCCCUCCGCCCUCCUCCACCAACCCUCGAACCGACAGCCGCCAUGGAGGAGAAGGCGGCCGUCUAUUUCGCGUCGCUGAACCCCAUGGCGCGCAAGAUCGUGGCGGAGAUCGAGAAGGUGCGGGAGAGCCACGGCCCCGCGUGGGAGCGGCUUGCCGAGGCCCAGCGGGAGGCGGCGAUCGACGCGGCCCUCAUCAGAGCCGAGGCCCGGGCGCGGUACGAGACGCGGCUGCACCUCCUCGGCGCUCGGCCCGCGUCGCCAUCGUCUUCGUCGCCAACGGCGCUGGCUUCGUGUUACCCCAAGCUGCUGAUACAGCCCGGCCAGAAGACGGUGCACUUUGGGGAAGAUGACAUCAAGUGGCAGGAUGAGCAUUCCGCUCCAUUUUCCUGGGAAACCAAGAGCCAGCUGGAGUUCUCACUCAGCGACCUAGAGCCCGGAUCCAGCUCCCAGCCCCGUCCCGACUCCAGCCUAGGCCACGCUGGCGCCGCCACAUCGGCGGCUGCCACGGCCAACGGUACCGCCACGCCGGCGGGCGGCAGGGCCGGCAAGGGCCAGGCCGGCGGCCGGGAGGCUCACGUAGUGAACACGGGGCCCUUCCCGGGGGUCCUGCGAAGAGUGGAGGAAGCUGGCGCCGACGAGACGGCGGCGGGGCCGGCUGCUGCACCGUGGAAAUUGUCCGCGGAGAGGGGGAAGCCGGCAGGGGCGGCUGCUGCCACGGCUGGAACCGGACCGGGAUCUGGGGCAGCGUUAACCCCGGCGGAGAGGCUGAGCUCGCCAUACAGGAGGCACGAUUCGGCGAGCCGCUCCUACGACCCCAGGGCCGGGCCGGCGGCCUCCCGAUCCGGGGACCCGCCCCCUGUAGCACGAAAACCCCCACCGCCCUCGCCUGGCGCAUCCUACAGCUCGAUGGCCGACACAGCGCAUCGUGCGUUCGUGUCGGAGCCAGACGAAUCGGUAUUUGCGCCGUUGUCAUCAUCAUCAUCUCCUCCGUCAUCAUCAUCAUUUCCUCCUCCGGCGGCACCGGCGGCGGUGCCGUGGAUGCUGGAGCGAGCCGCGGCAAGUAGGCCCGCACCGAGCGUCGCUCGAACACCGCCGCCCGUCGCCUCCGCCAUCACCGUCGCCACGCCCCUGCUGCCGGCCAGCGCCGACAAAGACGAGCUGUUCACCAGCCCCGUGGGGCACAGCCAGUCUCCUGGAACCAGCGGUGUUCCAAUCAAGUCCGGCUUUGACUUCCUGGACAAUUGGUAGAGCGCCCCUGUGGAAGGCAGGGAGGCGUGGGAGGGGACUGGCCAGGGGCGGGGCCCCAGCUGGGGGAGGGGAGGGGUUGGUGGAGUGAGAGAACAGCUGGUUCCGCGCAGCCGCCCUCAACAUGGCUGUCGACGGCAUCGCAAGGACUGACGUUGAGAGAGCGGGAUGGAGUAGAGUUGCUGGCGAUAGACAACGCUUUAUAGACCCGAUCACACAUAUAUAUACACACAUAUUAUACACAAACACAUGUACACACGCGCAUGGGGUAAAGUGUGGGUACACCCACCUCUUCCGAAACGUACGUGGAAGAGUAGGCCAAAAUAUCCUCAUCACGGGGCUCGCCAGAGCUACCUCUAGUGGAGGCCCUUUUGCCAGCAGUGGCGUGAGAAAUACAUUGCAGGGCUGCUUCUUUGCCCAACAACCGCCAUUUGCCACUAAGUGGCGGUGACGUCACCACGGCGCUUGUGCCAGGCU